GUGCGGACUGCGGACCAGGCGACGACGCCGCUUCCGUUGAAAGCCACCGGCGGCGCCACUAACGGCAUCGGCCUCCAGAUCGCAAGAUGAGGCUGGUCGGCUUGACGGGCGGGAUCGCGUCGGGGAAGAGCACCGUGUCCAGCCUCUUCAAAUCCGCCGGCGUCCCUGUCGUCGACGCGGACAUCGUGGCUCGGAAUGUUGUGCAGAAAGGUACUGGAGGCUGGAAGAAGGUUGUGAAAUCUUUUGGGAAUGACAUUUUGUUGGAAAAUGGAGAAAUUGACAGAGCUCGCUUAGGUCAGAUUGUUUUCUCUGACCCAGUGAAACGAAAACUUCUAAACAGUCUUUUGGCACCAAAUAUUUCAUUUGGUAUAUUUUGGGAGAUACUAAAACUGUGGGCAAACGGAUGCACUGUUAUCGUCGUCGACAUCCCACUCUUGUUUGAGACAAAGAUGGACCGAUGGACGAACCCUGUCGUUGUUGUAUGGGUGGAUCCCAAAACACAGAUGGAGAGGCUCAUGUCAAGAGACGGGUGCAGCGAAGAACAAGCUCAGAACCGGAUCAACGCGCAGCUUGCGCUGGACUGGAAGAAGUCCGAAGCCGACAUAGUGAUCAACAAUUCCGGCUCCCUGGAUGACACGAAACAACAAUUCCAGGAAGUGCUGAAGCAAGUUUCAGGUCCAUUGACAUGGAAGGAGCGGUUGAUGUCAAGGGAUGGCCUUCUCUCUCUCGUUGUAUGCACAACAGCAGGGGUUUUACUUGCUCAGAAGAAUCUGCUAUGAUCUUCGUUAGAUGCUUAGGAUUUGACUAGGUUAAUGGGUUGAAAAUUGCGAAAUGUGGCUAGAGAUUGAACAUUAAACCAGCACGAUUAUAGUUGUGUUCAACAUUUUGGAUUCAUGCAGCUACUGCUAAAAUUUUGAGCACUGGAAUAAAUUUGGUAAGUGAUUGCUUGUGUUGUCUGUGUGUUCUGCAUCUGUAUUCGAAACGGAAGCAUUAAUUGUUUAGAAACUGGUUGAUA